AUGGAUGAGUCUGCAAGUUGUUUUACCAGAGCCAGCGUACUACCAAUCAUGAUUCUCUUUAUCUUACACCAUUCGUUUAUUGCUGAGGGUACUACAUUAGUUCUCAAUAUCCUGAGCUUCGGAGCUAAGCCCAAUGGAGUAACUGAUUCCACCCAAGCUUUUAUGGAUGCGUGGAAUGCAGCUUGUGCCUCUUUGGAUUCCAGUACGAUUACGGUACCAAAAGGGAGGUAUUUGCUUCCGAGUGCUAUGGUUUUUAAAGGUGACAACUGCAAAAGCCCAGGUAUUACUCUUUGGAUUGAUGGAACACUCGUCGCUUCGUCUGACUACCAAAUUCUUGGCCAAGCUGACAAUUGGCUAAGCUUCGAAACAGUUACCGGCGUUUCCAUUAUUGGAGGUGGACUUGACGCCAAAGGCACCUCCUUGUGGGCAUGCAAGUUAGCGGGAAGCACUGAUUGCCCCAACGGAGCAACGAGUUUGAGUUUUACAAACUCCAAAAACAUUAGGAUCGACGGACUGCUGUCGUUGAACAGCCAGAUGUACCACAUUGUUAUAAACGGGUGCCAAGAUGUUCACAUUCAAGGGGUCAAAAUCAUUGCAGCCGGCAAUAGCCCGAACACUGAUGGCAUCCAUGUUCAAUUGUCAAGAAAUGUUGCAAUCUUCGACACCUCCAUCAAAACGGGAGAUGAUUGCGUCUCAAUUGGCCCCGGCACCAAGGACUUGUGGAUUGAGCACAUAUCGUGUGGACCAAGUCACGGCAUUAGCAUAGGGAGUUUGGGCAAAGACUUGGAAGAGGAAGGAGUUCAAAAUGUGACAGUGAAGGAUGCAAUUUUCAAGGGUGGCCAAAAUGGUUUGAGGAUUAAGUCUUGGGCAAGGCCGAGCCACGGGUUUGUUCAUAGUGUCCAAUUCCUUGACGUCGUCAUGCUCAAUGUCCAAAAUCCCAUUAUCAUAGACCAAAAUUACUGCCCACACAACCUCAACUGUCCUGGUCAGGUAUCGGGUGUGAAAGUCAGUGAUAUAUUGUUCCGAAACAUUCAAGGGACAUCGGCAACAGCAAUCGCGGUAAAUCUUGAUUGCAGUGCAGAAAAUCCUUGCAGAGGGAUAACACUCGAAAACGUGAGCUUGACCUGCAAGAAGCAAGUGGCUCAGUCAUAUUGUAGCAAUGCAAUUGGAAAGACUUUUGGCCUUGUACACCCAACUAGUUGUUUGUGA